CUUAGUUGAAAAAUAAAGUUUUUCAGGUUUUUUACAUCUCAAAAUCUACUAAUAUGUGUUCGAGAGUCUCUUAUUCCCUUCUAUUGUUGGGGUGUUUGAAUGGGCAGUGUGUUCUAUCAUGCGGGUUUAUGGUCAAGUACACGGUUGAGACUGUCCAGUUUUAAAACUGUGUGUGUGUCUGAAUCGAAUGGUGUAUUUGGAGGGCAAGUUUUAGAGCAAGUGGAUAAGGAGCUAAGAAAGGGGGAUGAGAGGGCAGCACUCUCCCUUGUCAAGGAUUGGCAGGGCAGGCUUGGGGGUCUCCGAUGUUUCGGUGCUGCUCGGCAGGUACCCCAGAGGCUAUACACCUUGGAUGAACUAAAACUGAAUGGAAUAGAAACGUCAUCUCUUCUGUCACCAGUGGAUGCCACAUUGGGUUCUAUAGAAAGAAAUCUCCAGCUUGCUGCUAUUAUAGGAGGAAUUUCUGCAUGGAAUGUGUUCGGAUUUAGCCCUCAACAAGUCCUUUAUUUUUCUUUGGGGUGGUUGUUCCUGUUGACACUGGAUUCGGUAACUUGUUUCUCAAACUAUACUGUUUGACGUGUUGUAUUCUUAAAAUAUAUUGCGAUAUGUGGACAACUGGUGAGAUAUCUUUGUUUUCGUGACAUUUUUUUGAAAUGGUGGAGUUAUAUUGUUUACGUUGUAUAUCU